UCUACCGUGCCUUAUAUGUAACCAUUAGGAGGAAAUCGCAUUGAAUCUUUUAUUGAUAAAGAGAAUCUCGAACAAAAAGAAGCAUCGAUAUGCUUCAUAUGGAGUACCGCAUUCGCUGAAAUCGCAGGAACUCGUAGAUAAUAGCGGCAGCUGUGAUUACAAGCUAAAGCGGGCGGCAGGUAUGACUAAGAUGAGACUGGAGUUGUUGGGAUGCGAGACUCUUCCUUUGGAAGGGAUGUAUCGUUCGCAGCGGCACGACGUCCUAACUCCGCAGAGUAGUCCGGAAUCACGCAGCGUUCGUCAAGAACAACGUAGCAAUGCAGGGAGCGUCGGAUCCGCGAUAUCACAAGGCGAUAUGUAUCCGCUAGAUCAGCCCACCUUCGAACUCGAUCAUCUGCCUCUACAUAUCCCAACGAUCCUUCAUUCCACGAUACCAAAAUGUGGUGGAUGUCAGGAAGUUAUUUUGGAUAAAUACGUUCUAAGGGUUCUGGAGAGGUGUUGGCAUGCAAGGUGUCUUACAUGUCGGGAUUGUGGUGCCAGAUUGACCGACAAAUGUUUCGCGAGAAACGGCCAUGUGUUCUGCAAAGAUGAUUUCUUCAAGCGUUUCGGGACAAAAUGCGCGGGCUGCGGCCAAGGGUUGGCACCUUCGCAGGUGGUUCGAAGGGCGCAGGAGUUCGUCUAUCACCUUACAUGUUUCUCGUGCGCCCUUUGCUCUCGGCAACUGGACACUGGUGACGAAUUUUAUCUCAUGGAAGAUAGAAAGCUCGUCUGCAAGCCCGAUUAUGAACAGGCGAAGGCGAAAGAACUGGCAGAUGGGGGAAGUAUAGACGGUGAUCAACCUAAUAAGAGGCCACGAACGACGAUCACAGCAAAGCAGCUCGAAACUCUCAAGCUGGCAUACAACACCAGUCCGAAGCCAGCAAGGCACGUGCGGGAACAGCUGUCUCAAGACACGGGCCUCGACAUGCGCGUCGUUCAAGUCUGGUUUCAGAAUAGGAGGGCGAAAGAAAAGAGGUUGAAGAAAGAUGCUGGUAGGACGAGAUGGUCGCAAUAUUUUCGCAGUAUGAAAGGUGCCGGUUCAGGUGGUCACUCGCCUAGACAUGAUAAGCUACUUGACAAAGAUGAGCUAAAGGUAGAUUUGGACUCCACCUUUGGUCAUCACGACUUGAGUAACGAUAGCUACGGAACAGUGGUGAACAUGGGUCUGGAUGGCGAGGGUGCGAGUCCAGGUGGUGGCAACGGAGCCGGGGGUGGACCGCCCCGCGGAUACCUGGGUGCGACAACACCUCCGUAUCUCUCAACGUCCAGAUCGCCGUCCUUACCACCCCAGUUCCCAUAUCCGCCGGACGCUGGUCUCUCGGUUUAUACCACUCUCGGGGGACCGGGCGGCAUGGUGCCAGGACCAGCGUCGGAUCUGAGUAACGAAUCGAGUGGAGGCGGCGGUGGCGGCGGCGGCGGUGGCGGUGGUAGCGGUGGUGGCGGUGGUUACCCCGACUUCCCGCCGUCGCCGGAUUCCUGGCUCGGCGAACCGCCACCCCCGCAUGCUCACCAUCAUUCUCAUUCCCAUUCCCAUUACGCCACAUAACCCGCCAAAACCGCGCGUCGCCAAAUAUCACAUAGAAUAACGUGCUGGCGAAGCGGGGCAUUCACUUGAGACCGUCGGUGUCGGCCUCGUCGUCGUUGUCAUCCCUGGGGAAGCUGAAGAAGUCUUUCCCGAUGUUACUUCAUAUAAAAUAAUAAAUUUCGUAAAAUUCAUUAAAUGUGUAUACGUUCGACGCUUGAUUCUGUUUUGAUCUCUUUACUGCAAGGAAAAUC